AUGACGUAAAACACCGGCGACGGCUUCUCACAUUGGGGGUUUCGAUGUUUUGUUUUGCCGCACAGAUUUUAUUUUUUAAAUAAUUGCUCGUGAAAGUAAAGUCUCUCCAAUACAGUGUUGCCAUGAACAGUCAGUUGCAGGAAAUACGGGAAAGGCAGAAGCUCAGACGACAGCUUCUUGCACAACAGCUCGGAGCAGACAGUCCCGAUAGCCUCGGCGCUGUUCUCAACAGUAAGGAUGAACAAAAAGAGAUAGAGGAGACCAGAGAAACAUGCAGGGCAUCAUUUGACACAUCAGUUCCCGUUGCUAAAAGGAAAUGCCCGAAUGAAGGUGAGGAUCCAGAGGAGGACGUGGAGGAACAAAAGGAAGAUGUUGAAACUCAGCAGCAGGAGGAGAGCGGGCAAUAUGAAGAAGUGUACAAAGACUCAAGUACUUUCCUAAAGGGCACUCAGAGUCUGAAUCCUCACAACGAUUACUGCCAACACUUUGUGGACACAGGCCAUAGACCUCAGAACUUUAUCCGAGAUGGAGGUCUGGCUGACAGGUUUGAGGAGUACCCCAAACAAAGAGAGCUAAUCCGGCUAAAAGAUGAGCUCAUCUCUGCCACCAACACCCCACCAAUGUAUCUGCAGGCAGAUAUGGACAGGUUUGAUCUGAGAGAUCUGAAGUGUAAGUUCGAUGUGAUUCUGGUAGAGCCUCCAUUAGAGGAAUAUUACAGAGAGUCAGGCAUCAUCGCCAAUGAGCGCUUUUGGAACUGGGACGAUAUCAUGAAGCUGGACAUAGAGGAAAUCUCUGCCAUUCGUUCUUUCGUGUUCCUGUGGUGUGGAUCCGGAGAAGGCCUUGAUCUCGGCCGAAUGUGUCUGAGGAAGUGGGGCUUCAGGAGAUGUGAGGACAUUUGUUGGAUCAAGACCAACAAAAACAACCCUGGCAAGACCAAAACGCUGGACCCUAAAGCUGUGUUCCAGAGGACCAAGGAACACUGUCUGAUGGGCAUCAAAGGCACAGUUAGACGCAGCACAGAUGGUGACUUCAUUCAUGCUAAUGUGGACAUAGACCUGAUCAUUACAGAGGAGCCAGAGAUGGGCAAUAUUGAGAAGCCAGUGGAGAUUUUCCACAUCAUCGAACAUUUCUGCUUGGGCCGUCGACGCCUGCAUUUGUUUGGCAGGGACAGCACCAUCAGGCCAGGUUGGCUAACUGUAGGCCCGACCCUGACCAACAGCAACUUCCACGCAGAAGCGUACUCUGGCCACUUCAACGAGCCCAAUGCUUAUUUGUCUGGUUGUACUGAGGAAAUCGAGAGACUGCGUCCCAAAUCCCCACCUCCUAAAUCCAUGGCAGAGAGAGGUGGGGGGGCAGCACGAGGAGGUAGGGGUGGUCAAGGCUCAGGUAGAGGAGAUCGCGGUCGAGAGAGAAACCGGCCGAACUUCCGUGGAGACCGAGGUGGAUUCAGAGGGCGUGGUGGUCCACAUCGUGGAUUCCUUCCACGAUAAUACACAACAUGCCUUUUUUGUUGAGACUGAAAACAAAAAUGUGAUCUGAUUUGAGAUAUUUUUGUACGUGAAAUUUGAUGAGUUUCCAUAGGAUUCAUAUUGUUUGGUUAGUGUAUCGUAGGAAUAUGUUUUUAUGGCUGUUGUACACACUCCUGAAGGAUUGUUAAGUCAAUAGCUGUUCAGGGGUGACAAACACAUAAAAUGUUUUAACCUCAAGACUGUGAUUAAACCCACAUUUUAUAUGGAAAGUUUAAAA